AUCGACUGAUUGGCAACAAUUAAUUUUCUUUUUCUUUCUUUAAUUUUCCAUUUUUUUUCAUUUUGUGUGUUGUGUGUGUGUGUGUGUGUGUGUGUGUGUGAGAGAGAGAGAGAGAGAGAGAGAGAGAGAGAGAUGGGUCGCAACGGCUUGCGGCCGAAGCUCGGUCAUCCUCGUUCGUCUAAGCAGUCGGGAAGGAUGGAGCCGAUCUGGGCAAUUGCCCAGAUCUGCUUGAUGUGUUUGUCGGCAUUUUUGAUUGCUUACGGCCUAGUAAGACUAGUUAAAGCAUCCCACACUCCUGAUCAAGACGUUAGCCACGUGGCUCGUUCUCAUGCUUCCUCCUGGUCUGCCGACGGCCACGGCCAUCUUGCUCAUCGUGCUUCUGCUCAUCUGCCCAACGACCCAUUACCUCCUGGUCUGCUGACAAGUAAGCGACCCUUCUUCUCCUCCCGCAGCGAUCGAUCCGAUCGCAAGACGACUGCCACGUCAGAUUUCCCGCCAACGUUGCCCCGCUUGUUGAUUGACACGUCAGCAGACAACGGAUCGAAUCCGCGCCGCCUUGUCGUUGGCAGCCGGUCUAAGCUAGGGAACCCGACUACGGUGGCAGAGAUCCCGACAGAUUUGAAUGGGAGUGGAGGGGGAGGGGGAGGAGGAAGAGGAGGAGGAGGAGGAGGAGGAGGAGGAGGGAGUGCAGAUGGGAGAGAGAGGAGGAGGAGGGGGGGGUGGAGUGGGAAGAGGAGGGGUAUGACAAUCGACAUCCCGACUGAGGAGGACUGUGGGUUCGUUGGGGGUGUAGGGGGGGAAUUUCACACUGGUGAUCGGGUCGACGAGGCAGUCGGUAUCCCGACAGACGUGAGCGUGCUAUCAAAUUCCACGUGGAAGACGACCACUCUGCAAUUGAUGGAGGAGAUCCCGUUCCUGAACGAGCCUGGGGGAGUCUGGACUCAAGGGUGGGAAUUGAAUUACUCAGGGAAUGAAUGGAACGAGGAGAAGCUGAAGGUGUUCAUUGUUCCGCAUUCUCACAACGAUCCGGGUUGGAUACAGACGUUUCGAAAGUAUUAUGAGUCGAAGACCAGGCUCAUUCUAAAUAACAUCGUCGCCGCUCUAAAGCAGGAUCGACAAAGAAGGUUCAUUUGGAUGGAGACGUCAUUUCUCCGGGAGUGGUGGGAGGAGUCUACUCUACAAGCAAGGAGAGAUCUCCAGAGUUUGGCACUCUUGGAAAUCACCUACUCGCGACACCUUCAAUAUCACCACAUACCGUUUGACGAGUACAAGGAGAUGAUUGUACGACGCAUUGCCACAUAGCUCACUUCAGAACGGGAGUGGUUCUACACAAGGAACCUCAAACGGCACAUCUGAGGUAAGACGGCGCCUGUGAACAGAUUUGAGA